UGCAGCGACCACCACCUCCUCUCAUAAUCUUCUCCUUCCUGUACGUCCGGAAUCAAGAAAUUGUAUUCUAUCGACAUCCAUGGCGACCCCUUCAAGGCUGUCGUAUGCCGAUCUCGCCAGGAGAGCCCAAAAUAUUCGUUCACCAAACGACGUUCAACGAGCAACUACAAGCAACGCUUCGUCGACCUCAACAGUCUCUACUUCCUUUUCCAAAACCAACUCAAAUUCGACAACACCGAGCUCGUCCAUUAUCCUGGGAACACGACCGCCCUCGCCCUCACUCGAUACCACUGACGCGAAAGUGCCGGCUGUAAAUGUCUGGAACGUCCGCAAGGAGCAAAUGGCGGCUUCGCGAACGACAACUCUCAAGCCAUCGAUACCGAACUUUGUGGAAGAUGAUGACCCGUUUGUGGUUCGGAUGCCACAGCAGCCAAUACCAGACGAUGGCGACAGCUGGCCAGAGGUGGGAAAAUCGGUGUCGAAUCAUAGCAGCUCGACAACAAAUGGUGAGGAGGAGUCACAGUCGGGAACAAGUGAGUCGACACGACAUAUCAGUAAUUUUGGCGAGCCAAGGCCGAUGACAAAAAACGAAAAGCCAAAAUGGAUCCCAAUACCUGCUGAGGAGCUGCAAGCUGCUGCCGACGCCGCACUCCGCGCCACCUCUCAUUCCAAGUCUCACCCUCGUUCACGACAUCCUUCACAUUCCAAUUCAGUAAGAAAUACCCCAAGUGGUUCCCAGAGUCGGACCCAGUCUCGCGUCCAGAGUCAGGCCUCAAGCCCAAGACCUCCUAGAGGGAGGCGAUUACCGGACGAGGAAUUAGCAAGCACCUCGCGGUCGUCUCCGCAAGUUCAAACACAAAAUCUUCCUUCACCCUAUUCGUUUUCACCGCAGCCUGUAGUCAGUGCACCGUAUUAUACCUAUCACAGCCCCUCGCAUCAGCAGCAUCUACCCUUGCCGUCACCAUAUUCUAUGUAUCCGCCGCCACCGCCUCAACCAUACUUGUACUGGAAUGGCUACCAUACAUCAGGAUCUGGUCAUCAUACGCCAGAGUAUGUAGGAUAUGCAUACCCCCCUCCCCAACCAUUUCCUUCUCAAGUCCUCCAACCUCCUCCCCAAACAGAAAUUGAACCUCAGCCACAUCAAGCGCCGAACGGCACACCGUCGACCGACCAUCCGCCGAAUAGCACCGCUGCGACGAAACCCCCACGACCGGAGGAUUCCGAGGCUGUUGCCGGACCUGCACUAGGGCGCGAGGGAUCCGAGCCAUCGAGAAAAGUGGUAUUUGGCAGUGUUGGCAUGCCAGGUAGUAGUCAGGCGCCGAGCCCCGCUCCGCCUUCGACCGAUAGUGCAGUAGCACAUGGACUGGAGAGAGCUUUUAGCGGCUUCUCAAUUGGUGUCAAAAAAAGGUCAAACGACGAAGACGUCAUAGAUCUCACAGAAAAAAGGUGGGAAUUCGGAACAACAGGCUCAAUAGUAAAAGAAAAUCAGGUUACGCGGGAGGAGAGCGUCGAGGAGGUUGGUGAAAAUGGAAACCGAAACGAGCACUAUCCUCCUCAUCCAACGUUAUCUGUCCUUGAAAUUCCGCAGUUUGGAAUACCUCCGAUAAUGAACGGACCGGUGUACGAUCAGGGACCAGCACCGAAUGGUGUUGAGGCUCCAGUGGACACAUACCAGUCUCAUCAUCGUCACACGCAGUCCUCAAUAAUGUCGCCUGUCGAGAUCGAUGCGGCGAAUCACACGGAUGAGGACUGGGCGGUCAAGGAUUUUGGGUUCGGGUUUGGACGUGCCAGUGGGAGUGGAUACGCGGUGCGCACGACGAGGGAGGAAAGAUUGCGAAGGGAAUAUGAGCGAGAGCGCGAAAUGGAUAGGAUUCGAGCAAGGGAAAGGGAAAGGGAAAUGGAGAACGAAAAUGGUGUUGUAAACGGUGCUAUCAGUGGAAAUGGGGCUAGCGAUGGCUGGAACGAAAAUGGGGACGUGCGGGAGCGGUCACCGUACGCUCCCCGAGGAAAGCGUGGUGGCUUUUUCGGUAGCCAUAAUAACGGUUUUGACAGAGGGAUACUAUAAUGGUGAGAGGAGAGGGCGAGGAUGGAGAUCUAGAGGGCGGGGCGCUUGGAGGGGAUACCAGCGUGGCGGUGCACAGGCGCCUGGUUACUCUCCUCAGCAGCAGCACUUCGUUCCUCAGUUUGCUAACAGUGUAGGCGAUGGGUUGGGGUACAGUGAUGGAUAUUAUCCUACCCAUGGGCAUAUGUACCCACCGCCUCAGCCUCAGCCGCAAUACUUCGAUCCUGGGUAUGACGGAUAUCCAGGUGGUAUUAUGCAACCGCAUCAGCAGCAUCAGGAUCCGGGUAUGCAUGGGCUGCCACCGCCUUUGCCCAUGAGUGGUGUGCCAGUACAACCGCAUAGUCCGAAUGCGCCACCGUUGCCG